AUGGCCUCCUCCUUCCCGCCUCCGCCUGUAAACACGAUUGACUGGGACGACAUCGGCUUCCGCGUGCGCGAAGUCAACGGGCACAUCGAAUCGCACUUCUCCAAGAAGACCGGCCAAUGGAGCACGCCCACCUUCGUCGAGUCGCCCUUCCUGCGCAUCCACGGCAUGGCCCCGGGCCUCAACUACGGCCAGCAAUGCUACGAGGGGCUGAAAGCCUUCCGCGCCCCCGACGACCAGACCAUCAACCUCUUCCGUCCCCAGCAGAACGCCGAGCGCAUGCAGCAUAGCGCGUCCUACAUUUCGAUCCCCGAGGUGCCGGUGGAGUUGUUCAGACGGUGUGUGCAUUUGGCUGUGAGUCUGAAUGCGGAGUUCGUGCCGCCUCAUCGGACGGGCGCGGCGAUGUAUGUGCGGCCGUUGCUGUUUGGGAGCUCGGCGCAGUUGGGGCUGAGUCCGCCGGAGGAGUAUACGUUCUUGGUAUAUGUGUUGCCGACGGGAGUGUAUCACGGGACGCAUCCCGUGGCGGCGUUGGUGCUGGAGGAGUUUGAUCGGGCGGCGCCGAAUGGGGUGGGCUCGGCGAAGGUGGGUGGGAAUUAUGCGCCGGUGUUGAGGUGGAGUGAUCGGGCGCGGGAGGAAGGGUAUGGGAUUACGUUGCAUUUGGACAGUAGAACGCGGACGGAGAUUGACGAGUUCUCGACGAGUGGGUUUAUUGGGAUCAAGGGGGACGCGAGUGGGGAGUCGAAAGACGUUACGAUUGUGGUGCCGGAUAGCGCGAACGUGAUCAAGUCGGUGACGAGCGACAGCGUGUGCGAUAUUGCGAGGAAUACGUUCGGCUGGAAGGUCGAGAAGCGAUCGAUAAAAUACGAGGAACUCCCCACCUUCACCGAAGUCGCCGCCGCCGGCACAGCAGCCGCCCUCGUCCCCAUCAAAUCCAUCACCAUGCGCAGCAGAAACGACACCUUCAAGUACCAAGGCGGGGGCGAUGAGCCCGGUCCCGCUUUAGUAAAGCUCCUGACGCAAUUGAAAGGCAUUCAGUCGGGCAAGGUGCAGGAUACGUUUGGUUGGUGCGAGCCCGUGCGGCAGUAUAAGCAGGGCGAGUAUGGGGUGGAGGAGCAGGCGGAUGGGAAGGCGAAUGGGCAUGUGGUUGGGCAGUUGCCUUGA